UGGUGGUAAAACACGCCGCGCCUGCCAGUGGUGGUAGAAGAAAAAGCUAGUCUGGGACAGACGGUUAUACUGAACGCACGCGGGGUGCCCAACGUCCCAUUUUCGCCGUGGAACUGGUCACGAGAGGUCGGCAGACGUUGUUUACCUCUUUUCACCGGACACUUACUUCUAUUUCCCCAUCAUCGAGUUUCCUAUCGUUCUGCUGUGAAGAAUUACGCCAAGUAUUGGUUGAAAACUCGCUUUCUUUGCAAAUGUUUUUCUUAUGCAAGUGGACAUAGAAAAGAAUCGUAUAUUCUUGAAGAAGUGACUUGAGGCAAAUAGUUCGUUGAAUUGUCAGAGUUUGAUUUUGGCUUUAACUAUAAUGGCAUGUAGCCAUGUGAUUGCAAGUUCUUCAUGACCGUAAUUUUAACUGGUGGUAAAAAAGAUAGAUAUUGUUCUUGGCCAAACGAUUCAAUAGCUCAUACUCACUUUAUGGACUUAUCCAGCUCUUUUCAGAACAACUGGUCUUUGUUUUCUUUCCAUAGAUAUCAACUCAUUGCAUUAGCCAUACUUGGACUUUCGUCAUUAACAAUUCACGAGAUUGUAAUAGUAAUUAUUCUGAAACUGGACGAAACUAUAGUAGCUAACUAAAGACAGCGACUUGACUUUUCUGCAAGUAAGCACCUACUUGCAGUUGUUAAAUUUUGGUGCCAAUAGACACCAAAAGAAUUUUCUUACUGAAGACCUUCUAAAAGGUCUUUUGAGAAGACAACCACCGACUUCCGCCGAUCGAGCGGUACUCUUGAUUAAAAGUGGCCACCCAGGUGCUGCCCAACUGCUCGCUGAAUUCCUACAAGGUGGAUUCCAAAGUGUCUCUGGUGAGCGAGUUGACAGCCCUGGGCUUGUCCUAUGAGCCGCUGAGGUCCUCGAAAGUGGACACCCUGGGCGGCUGGCGAGGGCGAGGGGGCCGAACCCUGCCCUUGAUACGGACCGACGACAUGAAGAUGGUGCAAUGCGCCGGAUGCGACAGGCCCAUCAUGGACAGAUACCUGUGCAGCGUCCUGGACAGAUCUUGGCAUGCAAAAUGUGUCUUAUGCUGCGAGUGCAAAUGUACACUCCAAGAAAAGUGCUUCUCCAGGGAAGGAAAGCUCUAUUGCCGGAACGACUUCUUCAAGCGUUUCGGCACAAAAUGUUCUGGUUGCUCGCAGGGCAUCUCCCCCACAGACUUGGUACGAAGGGCGCGGAACAAAGUGUUCCACCUGAAAUGCUUCACCUGCCUAGUGUGCAGAAAGCAACUGUCCACAGGAGAAGAACUCUAUGUCCUAGAUGAGAACAGGUUCAUCUGCAAAGAUGAUUAUCUCAGUAGCAGGAAUAGUCAAAGUGUAUUGGCUGCCAGUUCACCAUCCGAUGGCAACGACCUGGACGACCUCGGUGACGGUCUGGGGAUGGACCCGGACGGACAACUGAGCGAGAGGGAGUCCAGUGUGGAGCGAGAUGCCGGCGGUCACAAUGGCUUGAAUGGUGGUGCGUCCACGGUCAGUAGCCCUAAUUUACAUAUGCCCGGUAGCGUUCCACCCAAUGGACCCAACCCUGCAAAUCCCAAUGGCAACAACAGCAGCAGCGAGACCACCAAUUCGUCCACUUCGGCGGCACAGAACGAUGAGAACACGCCGGGAACGAAACGUCGUGGACCGCGCACCACCAUCAAGGCCAAGCAACUGGAGACCCUAAAGGCAGCCUUCGCGGCCACCCCCAAGCCCACCAGGCACAUCAGGGAACAGCUGGCGCAAGAGACGGGCCUCAACAUGAGGGUCAUUCAGGUGUGGUUCCAGAACCGGCGAUCUAAAGAAAGGAGGAUGAAGCAGCUGAGCUCGAUGGGUGCGAGGAGGCAUUUUUUCCGCAGCCCCAGAAGAGCGAUGCGACCCCUCAGGCCGGGCAUGUCUCCAGACGGCCUCGACGACAGCCCGGAUAUGGUAUCCGGUCCCAAUUCCGGAUACACCUAUUUCUCAGAUUCCGGCAGCCCCGGUGACUUUGGAUACGGAGCGCAGCCCGGGUUCUACGACUUUUUUCCCGGGCAGCCCCCACCGGAUGGAAUGGCCUACCACGGGGUCCUCGGCCCUGGUCAAAAUGUUCCUCCCCCUCCGACUAGCAUGGAGCAGCCCCUCAAUGCAGUUGUAGGACCUGGACAUCUUCUGACCACCUGUCUCCUUCCAGGUCCGGUGAGCCUAGGGGCAGACGCUCCCUACCUGACGAGUCACGGUGACCACCUGCUGUCUCAGAGGUCCAGUCCUGACAGUGUCCUCAGUCUUGCAUCGGACGCCUACGGACCGCCACGGUCAUCAUCCGCCGGGUUCCCGGGAGGACAUCCUAUGUCCGAAACUCCCGUGUGGUGACGUCACGCAUACUUGGCACCCCCUGUGUCAAUAGGUUCCGAAUCGCAGUGACCAUGGAACAAUGUGUAUACAAAAGACAGAAGAAGGUGAAAACUAAGUUCGAAAUAGCUAGCAGGCAGAGAGGCAAACUGUGCAAUUCACAAAUACACGCAUUCUGCAUCCACACUAGAGCACGAUCCGUUUGGAGAAAUUUUUCAACGUUGUAAACCAUGUUUGUAAAUGCUACACAUAAAUCUGAUGAAAAAUUGAAAGGAUUUUACAGACAACAUUUCUACAUUUUUUUGAGCAACUCUUUUUGUCAGUGUUGAUUUAUAUAAAAAAAGUAAAUCUAGCGAAAAAAAUUAUCAAUUUUGAAAAAUUCAAACUUUCUGGAACAGUCAUAAUGUUAAGAUAUGCUGAUCGCUUAAUAUCAUUUAACAAAUCUUUUUUUUCUUUAAUAAAUUCGUUCUUUAAAAUCUUAUUUCCCGCUAGUAGUAUGAAAGGCAAAUCCUUUAUUUUAGGAUGAAAAUUAAAACGCACAGAAUACAUAUAAAUGCUUUCUUCUAACAUUUAAAUGUAUUUAUUUUUAUGAUAAUAUUUCGAAAUUCUUAAAUCUAUGCACGAUUUCAAAAAACCAAAAAUAUCGACACUAUACUUUAAGGUCAAAAUAAAAUAUUUAUAAUUUUUUUUAAUUUAUUUUCUUUAGCUCACAUUUGUCGAAUAUCAUCUAUUCUAUCUAUUACAAUUAACGACAUGCUUCAAAAACCGGCUAACAUCACUGAAACAAUAGUAAUAAGAAGGCAAACUUCCCCUCCUUUUUUUUUUAUCAAAUAAAAAAAAACUUUGACAAAUGGUCUUAAACUUCAGUUACUAAUUAUUUUAAUUAUUUAUUUAUUUACCUCUAUUCCAUUUUUUUUACUUAUUUUUGUUCAAACCUUCUGAGGCUCUGGACCAUUCUCCAGCGAAAAAUGGCGGAUUGUACCAAAUGAAAAUUUUCCUCCUGCUUUAAAACGAAGAUGGGGGGGGGGAUAGAGGUUGGAGGCUGAAGCAACAAAGGCAGACGAACCUGGAAAAACAAAAGGCGAUACGAGAAAAAUAAGAGGGUGGGAGAGGGCCCCCUGUUCGAAAUUAUUCUCUCUCUGCAUAGCUCAUCAAGGAUGAGAAAAAGAACAGGUGUACCAAUGGUGCUGACCUGAGGCAGUGUGUCGGUGCGUGCACGCAGGCUUAUAUAUAUCUAUAUUUGUACAAACACCCUCACAACCUACCACUUUGUAGUACUUGGAUGCUCUAUACAUUUAUAUAGAUUCAGUACAGUACGUUGUGGGAGUAGGUGUACAGCACUGUAGGAUAUGGCAGGGAAAUAUUUACCAUCUGUUCCGAUUUCUAACUAGGCAGCGCUGGAGAGAAGUCUUUUUCUCUCUUUAUUUUUUUAAAAAAGGUUUCUUUUUUUUUCUGCUGCUGUUGUGUUUUAUGAUUUUGUUUCACUCAUUUUUGGUUUAUCUGCAAGAAAGAGAGAGAGAGAGAGGAAAUAAGGGUACACCUGCGGUUCAUAUAAAAUUUACCCAUCGUUUCUAUUGAUGGAGUUUGGGUUGGAAGUAAGUAGAAGUGCGUGUGGAUUCCAUACCCCCUUCACUCCCCUUCCCCUUUUCUACUUCUUCGGUUUGUUCCAUUUUAUUUCAAAAAGUUCAUUUUCACCAGUUAUUCUAUUUUGUUUUCUCAGUUUUUGAGUGGUUCCUUCUUCUUUUUUUUUAUCUUUUAACUGUUGUUUUACUCUUCUCUUUCUAUUUAUUUUACGUUUCUGAUAAUGGUUCCUUUAGCCGUUCAAAAAUAAAUAAAAAAAGGAAGGAAAAAAAAUGGGCCCUAAGACUCGAAACUCUAUAAGAGCAUUUGAUGCACACGCUCUUAUUUAACGGUUAACGUUUUAAGUUAUUUUUUUAUUUUUUCCCCAAUCGUUCUUCAUGCCUUCUAUAUCUCAUUAGGUGAUCACGAAAUGCCAUUCCAUAACUAUUGGAGCUUAAAAGACAAACAAUUAGAAAUUUCUUAAUAUGAUACUAAACAUGCAGACAUGAAUUUGCCAUGGAAAAUAUCCGUUUAUUUAACAUUUUAAUGAGUUAUUAUUAAAAAUUUUUAAGAUUAUGAUUUGAAAUGACAUAAAAUGAUUAAAAUAUCCUAAUUAAUUCGAAUGCAGUCAGAAUUACAGAAAAGAAUCAAAAUUAGAGUCAGAAUCUAAAAAUUAUAAAAAAUUAUGCACCAUCAGGCAUUUUUAGAUGGUAGAAUUAUUUCUACUAAGCAGGAAAUUCUAUCUUUGAUGCUAUGCUCAAAAAUAUUUGUUUCAUAAUUGUUCAAUAAUUUAUUUCACAAGAAACCAUUUAUGUGUAUUUAUAUUUAAGGAUAAAAAAAGAUAAAAUUCACGUCACCUUUCAUACUACUAUUAUAAGUUAUUACUUAUUCUUAUGUAUCAGAAAUAUCUCUAACAUCAGAUAAAAACAGUGAGAACAUGAAAAUUAUUUGAUAGCAUAACUGCCAUAUAGCAAAAAAUAAUUUAUGAUAAUAGCAUUAUCUGUGCAGUCUUGUGUUUAAUCCAUUACUAAAGAUUUUUUUUUAAAGUUUGAAAAUAAAUAUAACAUCUGUAAGACAUUCGCUUUAAAUGGGGAGGAGCGAGCUUAUGAAAACCAACUCCAAAAAAAGCGCUUGCAUAGUGUAUUUUAUACUUUUAUAAGUUACCGGCAGAAAACAGCAAAGCUGUCAUAAGACACAUAAUCAAUGAAUACACACCAUUUUAUUGAAAUUUAUACCUUGGAAAGGCAUGAUACAUAUUACACACGAUGCAGAACUACUCCUCACUGCUUGCUAGUAGUCAUUUCCUAUGUUUCAGAAAAACAUGAACCUGAAGAAACACAGCAAACAAGAGAUAACAUAAAAAAACAAAAACAAAAUCAAGCACAGAUACUUUUUAGUGCAAUUUUUCAAGCAACUUCUCGUGCUUCGACAGUUCAAAGUGAAAGAAGAAUUUAAAAAGUGGCACAGUUGCUUGCCCCUUUGUAUAUAUGAAGAAAAAAGUCCUUUUCGUUGCCAUGAAUGUGUUAUCGUCGUCCAAUAGGAGACCUGGGUGUUAUGUAUUUAUAAAGAGAACUUUGGAGGAAGAAGACACGACGGCUCUUUGUGCAUUGGUUAUUAUUUUUAAACUAUGGAAGAAAAGGAUAUUCUUUUUCUUUUUUUCUAUUCUCUCCCCUCUCAUUUCUGUUUUUGCCUGCCAUCCUGCAGUGUAAUGGUUGUUUCUGAGAGUUAUGUAAAUUUUAUUGGUGCAAAUAUA